AUGGAUGCAAUAACGGAGUCGCCCGGGCAGUAUUGGCCUGUAUCGCACAAAUAUGAUACGAUAGACAGGAAAUAUAAGUUUUUUAAGGCUACUAAUGCUUAUCGGAUGCAAGCAUAUUAUCCAUUGAUACAACUUGGUCGCGCCUCUUAUUCAUCUGCUCGACGCGACGUCACCAGUCUGAAGUCCAAAGUGAUUUCAGUCGGAAUUGAAAUGGAUGCCGGCGAAUUUCCGACCAAUUCAAGUGUCAAGGAGGAAAUACUCACUACAGUCAAUGAUUUGUCGGAUGAUAUAUUGUUGACAGUAUUUGGUUAUUGUCAUCCGGUCGAUUUGAUCCAUGGUUGUUCUUUGGUUUGUCGCCGUUGGAAUUAUUUGGCGAAUUAUUCCAGUUUAUUCACCGAAGUUCGGGUGUUAGUUGACGAUUUUUCAUUGAAAUAUGGCAGUGUGAAAAUGUUCUUUCACAGGACUUCGCAAUAUCUUCGAAAAUUGUGCAUUGAUUGUCCAGUGCCUUUGCCAUCUGCCGAAGUUAACGCAUUGUUCGACAUUUGCUUUCCCAAUGUCAUCCAUCUGGAUCUUGGCUCUUUGAAGGAAAUGAAUACCGCAUUGUUGAAAAAGUUAUCAAAUUGCUUCCCCAAUGUUGAAACUUUGCACAUGGAGAAAAUAGAACGAAGUUCAAAGUGUGAUGAUAAUGCACAGGAAUGGGGAAAAACGUUGAAAAUGUUAUUUGAGGAUGAAAGCAUUUUUCCGAAGGUGCAAAAUUUCUUUGUUGGUAAUGUAAGUGCAUAUAGUUCGGAAAGUGAUCCGAAAUUGCCGGCUUGCAAUCGUCCGCUGAAUUUAUUACAUAUUUACGACGGGAUGGGUGAAAUUGAUUUCAGCGUGAUUAGAACUUCUCCGUGGCGGUCAACUCUUACAGAACUUCAUCUUGGAUCUCAUAUUAGAAACGAUGGCAUUGAAUACAUUGGACUUUUGCAAAAUUUGAAAGUUUUUUCCUGGGGUCUAAGUCUUUAUACAUUCGAUGAAGAAUUCGCUCAUAUAAAGGCAAGGAAAAUCGAAAAUAUGAGAUUGACGCUGUCAAUAAAUUUGUACAAUUUGGAAGAGUUAAGGAUAUUUUUCGGUGGUGAAGAUUGUAAUGUUUCGCCCGAUGGUUUGAUUGCCUUGUUCACUUUGCCCGAUAAGGAACCUGAGAAGUCAUUUCCGUACAAACUUAAACAUUUAGUAAUUGCAAAUUAUUUCGAAACUAGCGUUGAUCUUCUUCAAGCCAUCAAUCGGAAUUGUCCAGAUUUGCGAACACUUGGUCUACCAUUCAAUGAGUAUUCAUUAUUCAGGGAUGAAAUUAUGCCUUUUAUUAUUAGUAAGUUCAAACACUUAAUAUUCCUGGAUCUAAGCAAUUUCGGGGAAUGUUAUAAAGAUGAAGUGUGGAAUAAUUUGAAAAACGACGACUUGCCGGACUUAUGUCUCCUCAAACUUCAUGGAAAUAAGGUUAAUAUUGAAGAUUUACAACGCUUGAAUUUAAGACGACCUAAACUGUUAAUUUCAACCAGAGUGAAUCAUUUUAUUAACUGGACCAAAAUUGAGAAUAGUUGCAUUUUCCAUGAUACUUUUGAUGGUGAUAUCAGAGCCAUAGAAAAUGAUUUGCGACAGAUCGACGGAUUGCGUGAUUUUGAAAUAAACGCCGGAUUAUAAAUCUACAACAAUCUUAGCUUUGACAUUUUGAAGCGUUCAUCGUCAAUCGGUUUUUGCAAUGAAAGAUCAGGGCGUUUCAGUAGUGGCCAUUCUGUAUAACUGGAAUUAAAUCGCAUAAAAGUUGACAUUUAAGUAAACGGGUUAGCCUUUUUGGAAUUACUCGUUCUAAUGGUCCAUGGAUCAUUUACAUCAUUUAAUGGGAUGAAUCAGCGAAAUCGUCGGCUGCGCACUUUAUUGAGUUGCAUAUUUUUGUGACAUUUUGUAACAUGCUUUCAACACACUGCGAUUGGAGAUUUACGUCUGUUUUCUUAUGCAUAUACUUUACCAGACCAUUGUAAUUUUUUCAAUAAAUUAUGAU